AUGGGGGAGAAUAAGCACGACUUCGCGGAGGAGGUUCGUGCGGCCUGGAAUUCCUUGCGGCCCCAAGAGCCCGAAGACCCGUUGAGUGCUUUGUUGCCAUCAUGUGACUUAUUAAAAGAUUUCAGUGCUUCGGCCCUCUGCAGACCCGCUGCUACAGAUCGCCCUGUGGAUGUGGAACUCCGUAAGAUCCUGCAGCCGACUAUUGCUGGUAGGAGGCUGUAUCUGCAGUGUGUGCAAAACAUCGAAGUUUUGUCUUGGAAGGAAGCUUUGGAUUGUCAAACACAGAAAGCUAUAAAGAGGUGGUAUAAUUUGGUCUUGCUUUGGAAGUCAGAGCUUCUGGUGGUGAAGCAAGUUUCCAGCGCCACUGUGGCGGAAGGCAUGGACAUCCUGGCUGAUUACUUGAGACCAAAGGCCCCUAGUACUUUGAACAAGAGGGCUUCAUCUCUUUUCUUGCUUGACAAGCUGCUCUCGGAGGAAGGGCUCCUUUUCCCCCCAGGUGAGCAACAUCUGUAUGACGCUUUGUGCAAGCUACGUGCCAAAGGUAAGGCCCAGUCCGGGCGGAAGGGCAUCCUUGAAGCUUUGAACUUUUGCUACUUCGUCUUGAACAUUGAAGAGUGCGAGGAGCUGGUUUUUAGCAGAAGGUGCCAAGGAGUAUGUUAUGUCGAGCCGCGAGCACGGGUCAAUCAAGCUUCGCCUUUCUCCCUAGAGGAAGUUUUGGAGUUGCAUGAGAUAGUGCACCAGGCUCUUGACGACUGGGAUGCAGCCUUUGCUGGAGCCGUAUUGACCGCCAUCUACUUGAGGUCUAGAUGGGCUGACUUGCAGUGCUGCGAGGAUUUGCAAUUGGAUCGGGAUGCUUUAGGUCGUUUGUGUUACAUCGAUCUGAUCACCGGCCAUCACAAAUCAAUGCAGUCGAGACAGCAUCGACACCAGUUCUUGACGAUGACCGGUGAAAUGUCAGCUUGGAUCAGGAAGCUCCUUCCAGGUGCGGCGGAGGCCAACAGAAAGCUGUCCAGUCACUCUGCGAAAUGCACGCUCCUUUCUUGGAUGGCGAAAUUUGGAGCAUCUCAAGAUGUCAGGGCGUGUUUGGGAUAUCAUGUAGGGACCAGCAAGACUGUUUUCCGCUACAGCCGUGACGCAGCCGCAGGUCCGCUUUUUGAGUUAAGCCGGAUGUUGCAGUGGGUGAGGGAUGGACGCUUUCACCCAGACAACACUCGUUCGGGAAGAUUUACCUCUUCAGAAGAGCUUGAGCAGGCUUGGUGGGAUCAAGUGAGGGACGUCUCAGCCCCGAGCGAGGGGCAGAACCGCGAUCAGGAAAUCGUGCAUCCGGGAGAUUUGCAGAUUGAAACAGCUGAUUUUCAGGGCUUCGGCGGAGAGUUGGACUUCGAGGCUGAUGACCCCGAGGAGCGGCUUUCUGCAGCGGGGGGCUUGGGCGAGUUGGCAGACUUGGGCGGUGAUGAGCCCAGAGUCACCGACGACGAAGACCCGGACUCUUCGGCAGAAGGGGCCUCCAGUUCAUCGGAGAGCGACGGAAGUGGGGCGGGAUCUGUCACUUGA